GGACAUUUUUUUAAUCCCUCCUGGCUGAAAAGGAGGAAAAGGAGGACGCCGCGCCCAGUGGAGUAGUCUGCAAAAGGCAUUGCCGGGGGGGGGGGGAAUCACACAAACACACACACGCUGGUCUUUCUCCCACUGCUUUCCUUGCAAAAUAAAAAAAGUGGAAACAACUGAAAUAAAGAUGCAGGAGCUGCAGUUCUGCGCUGCAGCAAUAAAUCUCCUUCAACAGGGAGGAGGGGAGGGGAAAAACUACAACUCCCAUAAUGCAGAGCGCUCUGGCAAGGCAGGAGGAACAUGGCAGCGAUGAUGAUGGAGGUCCAGGUGCCUAAUAGAGGGAUGCGGAGCAGGGUCACUUUGCCUCCCUCAUUUCUUUGGAUGCCCAAGCUGUAUUACUUAACAGUCAGCAGAAGUUACUGCAAUACAGUACUACACAUUUGAGGAUGGAGGGAGAAUUUCAUGAGUAGCAGGAUUCUUAUUGAAGAAGGCCAUGUCCUCAUUUUGCACCUCAAAGUUGCUGCACCCCAGUAACCUUGGCCUUUCUGAAAGCCAUAGCUGGCAGAAGAUAAAGCUUUGCACCCAGGUUUGAUACCAGUUCUCAAUUAAACUUCAUGCAUAAUAUUUGCAGUUGGUUUCAAAGUCAUGGUUCGGAAAGGUGUCUGCUGCUGUUGUGCUGCUUUACGUCCUCGCUACAAACGUCUGGUGGAUAACAUCUUUCCUGAGGACCCCAAAGAUGGCCUCGUCAAAGCUGAUAUGGAGAAGCUGACUUUUUAUGCAGUUUCUGCACCUGAGAAGCUAGAUCGCAUUGGUGCUUACUUAGCAGACCGACUGAGCCGAGACGUUGUCAGACAUCGUUAUGGGUAUGUUUUUAUUGCCAUGGAGGCCCUGGACCAACUUUUGAUGGCUUGCCAUUCCCAAAGCAUUAAACCAUUUGUCGAAAGUUUCCUUCACAUGGUGGCUAAGCUGCUGGAGUCAGGGGAACCAAAGCUGCAAGUUCUUGGAACCAACUCAUUCGUUAAAUUUGCAAACAUUGAAGAAGAUACACCUUCGUAUUACAGGCGCUAUGACUUCUUUGUUUCUCGAUUUAGUGCCAUGUGUCAUUCUUACCAUGAGGAUCCUGAAAUACAAACUGAGAUCCGCAUUGCUGGAAUCAGGGGCAUUCAGGGAGUAGUCCGCAAGACCGUUAAUGACGAACUCCAAGCAACCAUAUGGGAGCCGCAGCACAUGGACAAAAUAGUUCCUUCUCUACUGUUUAAUAUGCACAGGAUUGAAGAUGUUGACAAUCGUGGCUACCCCCCUUCAUCACCAUCAAUACGAGAAAAAGAGGAGAAUCCAUCUGUGCUGGCUGAGAACUGUUUCAGAGAGUUGUUGGCUCGAGCAACCUAUGGCAACAUGAACCACGCUGUCCGACCAGUUUUUGCACAUUUAGACCAUCACAGACUAUGGGAUCCCAAUGAAUUUGCCGUCUCCAUUUUCAAAAUCAUCAUGUAUUCUAUACAGGCACAGUAUUCUCAUCACGUGAUACAGGAAAUUUUGGCACAUCUGGAUGCUCGCAAACGAGAUUUCCCCCGAGUCCGAGCAGGUAUCAUUCAGGCCCUUUUGCAAGCGGUUGCUAUUGCUGCAAAGGGUUCCAUAGGCCCAACAGUCUUAGAAGUCUUCAACACCUUGCUGAAGCACCUACGUUUCAGUGUUGAUUUUGAAUUAAGUGACCGGCGUAGCUCUGUAAGCAGUGCUAGCUUUAAUGCAAGCACCAAGGAAAAUGAUGAGAGAAUUGUCCAGAAUGCUAUUAUUCAAACAAUUGGAUUCUUUGGAAGCAACCUGCCAGACUACCAUCGGUCUGAAAUUAUGAUGUUCAUUAUGGGGAAGGUACCUGUUUUAGGGGCAACUUCUCAUAAUCUGGACAUCAGCCAGCUUGGGGAUUUGGGAACCAGGAGAAUUCAGAUUAUGUUGCUGAGAUCAUUACUGAUGGUGACUACGGGAUACAGUUCCAAGUCCAUUUCUGCUGCUCUGCCUGCUCCUUUCCUUGAUCCCUUGCUGUCUCCUUCACUCAUGGAUGACUCUGAACUAAGACAACUGGUCCUUGAAAUACUGCAUAACCUUAUCGAUCGACAUGACAACAGAGCAAAACUCAGAGGAAUAAGAAUAAUACCUGAUGUUUCAGAUCUAAAGAUAAAACGAGACAAAAUUUCAAGGCAAGAUGUGAAUUUCAUCAAAAAGCAUGGACAGCAAUUGUAUAGACAUGUCUACUUGGGUUGUAAGGAGGAAGACAACAUCCAAAAGAAUUUUGAACUACUAUACACCACUCUGGCUCUCAUCACCAUUGAAUUAGCCAAUGAAGAAGUAGUCAUAGACCUGAUCAGAGUGGCUAUUGCAUUGCAGGACAUUGCUAUCCUUAAUGAAGACAACUUGCCCAUGUUUCAUCGUUGUACCAUCAUGGCAGUAGUAGCUGCCUACCUCAAUUUUCUAAGCCAGAUGAUUGCUGUUCCUGCUUUUUGCCAACAUGUUAGCAAGGUCAUUGAAACCAGAAAUGUAGAAGCACCCUAUUUUUUACCAGAAACCAUUUUCAGAGAGAAGAAAUGCAACCUACCCAAGUCCCUGGGGAAAGAUGAAACAAACUUGUUUUUCCUGAGCAACCAAAUGGCAGAAUCACUGGGUGGCAGUGGCUACUGUGUGGAACGACUCUCAGUCCCAUAUGUACCUCUUGUGACAGAUGAAGACAGACUGUCCAGGAGGAAGAGUAUUGUGGAUACUUUGUCAAUUCAGGUAGACAUUCUGCCUGGCUGUAAUCAGGAAGAAAAGACAAAUAGUACUGAAGAGAUCACCUUUGAAACACUGAAGCAGGUCAUAGACAACAAUGGGCUUGAGGAACAAGAGAAGGAAAAGAGGCGUCUUGUGAUUGAAAAAUUCCAGAAGGCUCCUUUUGAAGAAAUUGCUGCACAGUGUGAAACUAAGGCAAACUUGCUUCAUGACAGGCUGACACAAAUAUUGGAGCGCACCGUUCGACCACCUCCUAGCCCUUCUGGGACAGUGUCGAUCACCGCUGGACAUGCUCAUUACCAGUCCAUUCCAGUCUAUGAGAUAAAAUUUCCAGAUCUUUGUGUGUAUUGAGCAUUCUCUCAGUUCAUAAAAAAGAGAGUUUUUUGGCAUCUCAGAUAGUUAUCCUACCUAAGUCAAUGGUUCUCAGGCUUUGAUCCUUCAGAUGUUUUGAACUUCAAUUCCCAGAGUUCCUGAGCAUUUGCCAUACUGGCUGGGAAAUGAAGUCCAAAACAUCUGGAAGGUCAAAGGUUAAGAACUGUUCAGCUAAAUUAAUGACACCUGCAUAGAGUAGAUUACAUUCUGUUUUAAAUUGCACUUCUGUGUUCAUUUCAAAGCCUUUUUAAAGAAGAAAAAACAAUCACCACAGCCAUCCCUCAACCUAUUUGCAGGUUAAGCAUUUGUGGAUUUGAUUGUUUGAGGAGAACUGUGUUUGCCCCUGCCACAAAAAUAAUAUGUUUUCUUUAGGCAUCUAUAGGUCCUCCAGCUCAGUUCUGUGGUCAACUUCUGGUGAACCUUGACCAUAGAGUCAGGUUGGAGGACUUACAGAUGCCUAGAAAAGUGUUCUCUCAGGAAAAAAAUACUGGGCCUAUCUAUAUUAGGGUUUUUUUCACUUUCACAGGGGGGGCUGCAACCCCUCAUUCCUGCAAAUGUAGGGGUUCAUUAAAAUUUGAGGGAACCUUAUUCUCUUUUUGUUUGUUGUAUUUUAUUGUUUUGCUACUUUGGGAUUUUAAAUUUCCGACUGCACUUUUUUAUAUGUAUAUAUACAUGAGGUUUUGUUAGGUUUGACAUGUAUAUUUUUCAAAACACUUUUUUCCCCUUUCUCCAUUUUGAUAGGUUUACAGAACUGUUAAGCUCUUUGUGUUCACAUAGCUUUAUACUUUUGUGGACUAGGUCUUCUCUUAGCACAUGUAAAGUGUGACUCUCUUUGUGACCGAGACUGUAAAGUUACACACACAUACGUAGAUAUGCCCCGUUAAACCCAGUGGGAAUAACCUCCAAGUAGACAUGCACAGGACUGUGCUGUUACAGAUCUAUGGCCAGAUACACAGUAGGCAUCAUAACUUAUUUUGAAACUGGACUGAAUCUCAUGGCCCUUUCCAAAAAUCAUGAGAGAGUGGUUUUAUCUCAAGAGCUUUGAGAUUGGAAUAUUACUCUUUUCAGAGAACUGCUGCUCUCAAGAUUUCUUGGUUAAGAAGAACUUAACUUGGUUAGAACAAACAACAGGAAACACCUGUUGACUAAUGCAGUUGGGGAGAAAUACAUGCACAGAUAGGGGGCUAUGUAUACACAUUUGUCCUGGUUGAAAACCCAAAGAGUAGAGGGUUUGCAUGCAGGUUAUCAAAGCUUAGAGAAGUUACCAUUUUGGACUAUGGUUCUUAGCUUCAAGGGCCAUAUUGUCUGUGGGAUUCUUAGGGGGUGAACUCCAAAUAUUUCCCCCCUGUUUUCUAAGCACUAGUUUUCAGUAUUGCCAAUUAUCUUUUUGGGGAAGGAGAAGAAAGAAGGAUGGGUUCAGCUCACCGCUUCUUAUAUUCUUUUCUCCUAAACAAAAAAUGCCAAUUUUGUAAGCAAACAGAUCCUUACCUCCUGGGUUGGGAUUUAGCCCAACAAAAUGCAUGUGUCCCUACCCAUUUUCCCUGUGCAUUUCUACCUGUUGGAGUUAGACCCUGAUGUAGCCCAUAAUUAUGUAACUAUUUUGAUGUAUAUUAUCUUGGACCACCCAAGAAACAGACCUUCCAAUUGCACUAUUCCUUAUAAUGAUUUAGAAACCUAUUUAAAAGUAUCUUGUUUAAUGGGGAAAGCUUAACAAAAUGUGCUGUAUUUUCUGCCAAAGGUUUAAAAAAAACUGUGAUGUAGAGCCCCAUGCAUGCAUGGGACUCUUGUUGUUGGCUGUGCCAUGUGCAGCUCCAUGCGCACAUGGAGCACUUUUCCCUGCCAUUGCUGGCAGUUCUAGAGUGCUCACCUCCAAUCUGGGGCUGCAUCACUUGAGAAGCAAGAUGCUUCCUUUUGGGAGCUCUGAAAUGUGCAAUAUUUUUUCAUGUCUACAGGGAUACAAUUUCAUACAGACUGGAUUUAAAGAAAGCAGAGUAUUUUGUUAAAUGUUAACGUCAGGACUAUUAAUGGGAUAGUUAUAUAUUUGAUAUGGCAAGGAUGAAGUAAAGGCAUUUGUAAAGAAUCGAUUACUGAUACAUACUAAACUGUGAAACUGGGAGAGCCAAGAUUACAUUUUGUGAAGUCUCUCUCUUUUUAUUGUUGUGUUCCUCAAACCUAUAUGGCUAAUGAGAAAAUAUGUGUGUGUGUUAAGAUGCUAUGGCCCACCUGUGGUUUGUAUGUGUUUUACUAUAUUUAACAAUUAAGGUUAUUUUCAUAGUAUUUGGUAUAAAAACUUUACCUAUACAAACUUAGAAUAUAAUCCUCUCUUAAUGUUCUGUUGCAAGUGCUGUAUAAAAAUGUGCAAAUAUCCUGUAGAUAAAACAGUGGAGCCACUGUAGCACAAAGGUCUGACUUGCAAGACUUGAAACCUGCAGAUAGGAUCCAAAGAGGCCAGUGAUGUAUCUAAAUCAUCUCUUCCCUAACCCUGAGCCCUCCUGAUGUGUUGGGUAACUCUCUCAACAUACCCAGAGGACAUCGGGUUGAAAGAGAUUGACCUAAAUGAUGUGCCAAUGCUUCCUCCUUCUGACUGCAACUCCUUGUAUUUCAUUGGAUGGCUGUCCACAAGAUCUACCAACAUUAGGAGACAUGGGGCAGCAGUUUGGGAAAUGCAAGAGUUGCAUGGAGGGCCCUAAAGAACCCUAGAAAGAUUCAAAUAAAGCCUUUGGAUCCUGGGCUGUAUCCAGCAAGGCUGAUCUUUGUACGGUUCAUCCUACCUGACAAACUGUAACCCUAACCCCCUUGCAUUUCUUUAGAAAUAGCAGUAGAGCAAAUGUUGAAAUGAAGAAAUAACGUUAAUCCCUUUUGAAGUGACUAAUACCCAGAAGAUUGCACACUACUUUUCAUUUAUUAAACCACAGAGCCUGGAAUAGUUACCUUUUGGACUACAGUUCUAGACACCCCCAGCCAACAUGGCCAGUAGUCCUAAUGAGUGUUGGAUUCUGGAAAAUGUAGUCUAAAAUGUAAACUUUUCCAGCUCAAAUCCUAACAAUCUCAUUCCUGCAGCACCCAUCCCCACUCACCACACACAGAUUUCUCAUAAACACAUACAAAGUGAUUCCUGAAAGUUAGAGGAACAUUUGGAGAAAACAAGGAUCAUUUGAGUCUAAAGACAGAACAUUCAUUAUGUUUGGCCUACAAACUGUCUGAAAGGCCCCACUUUGGAUCCCAUAAGCUAAUUGUUAAGACACACAGCCAUGCACCUUAUCUCUUCAGUGGAUUUGCCUCACUUAAUGAAUGACAAACUCUUCUGUUCCAACAUUUUAUGAUUGUAUUGUUGUUUUCUCCUGAUCAUGUGCUGAAUCCACACACAGUUAAUUACCUCAGAGUAUUUCUUCUCACUCUUCUCAGUUAAUAAUGGAAUGGCAUUGUAUAGCCUUCCUGAUGUUUUUGGAUUGCACCUCCAAUCAUCCUUCACCAUUCAUUAUAUUGGUUUGGGUUGAUAAGAGUUGCUGUGCAGCCACAUCCUGAGGUCCACAAGAUGCAUGUCUCUGAUUCAUAAAGUAAGAAGGUUUGUUCUGACUAUCUUACCUAGAACCUAUCUACACACAUUUACCAGAAGCUGGGAUGUAGACCAUGGUCCAUAAAGUCUUCAUGUACAGUUGUUUCCAAGCUGCCAUUUCAGCAGGGAGUUCCAUGGAGCCAGGCACCAAAUAUUGUACACCUGUGUGGUGUUUCCUUUAUUUAAAAAGCCACUACACUUGUGGGUGCUAUUGGAUUACUUCUCUGCAACAUGUUGCAACUUUACUGUUGUUUUGUAAUUUCUUUUUGUGCCAAACUCUCUCAGAAAAAGUAAAAUUUGCACAUGCACUUUCUUGCACAUCUUACAGUUGUACUAUUAUGGUAUGAGUAGGAGAACUUCCCAGGAUACGUAUGUUAUUUGCUUUUUACACAAAAGGAAAUAGUUGGGGCAUUGUUUGUAAAGAAUCACAUCCAAAUGAGGCCAACUAAUAUUGGUAUGUCUAAAAAUCUGCACUCUUGGACAACUAUUUUGUUUUAGUGGGGCAUCUUCCUUUGCUUGCACACUUUUGGAUUUAGAAUUCUUCUGCACAUAUAUAAAUAUCUAUUUGCAACAGGGUUAAUACUGACAGCUUAUGUCUUGGCAUCCCUCUAAAGUCUGUCAGCCUAAACUAACAAGCACAAAAUCCUAAGAAACCAUUGCACCAUAUAGAUCCUUGUAUUAGUUGCACAUCACAUUUGAAGACAGGGCUCCUGGAUAGUUUAUGUGGGGUUUAACUUUUCACUGACAAUCAUUUCUAUAGCUUUCUCACUCUUAGAGAAAAUUAUUGUAAAGUAAACUGAAAAGUACAAUCAUCUCUGUGACUUGAAAUCAGUGAGUCAUCCGGAAUAAAAAUGAUGUUAGUUGAUUACUUUCAUGUCCACCUUUUCUUGGCUUUACCUAAUGAAUGUUUUUAUUCAGUGUAAGGAUGUGUUUUCUGUAAUGUUCUAUAUUCAAAAAAAUAAAAGGGAAAUUAAAAUUA